CCCGCGUGCCUCAGGCGAUCGACCGCACGAGCUUGAAAAUCCGGUAAAGGUAAAUUGGAAACGCGGUCUACACCUUCUCCAUCGCGUCAGACACGCUUCCUUCGCGUCAAACCUCUCUUUCUUCCCCCAUUUCCCAAUUUGACCCUUGCACUCGCUCCACCAGACCAGACCAGACCGCGCGCAAUCGACAAGAGCGCCGUCGGCCCAGCAAUUGAAGAAAAUCCAAAAAUUGACUCGGUUGCUAUCGACCGAUCGGUCGCCUCGUCGCAAUCCGGUGCGACCACCACCAACAGCCUUGCUAAACCUGGAGCUGGAGCUUUGAUCCCUUCUUUAGUCCCAUUUUGCCAAUUAAGCUGUUCAUCGCCUUCCAUUAAACCAUCAAAUACCUUUUACGAGUACCCUAGUGCAUGAACUGUAUACAGCGACCCUAUUCCACCAAAGCAGCAAACCCAGAUUACUUGCAUUGCUUUCCCCCAGUCGUUCGAUCAUCACCAUCACUGGCGACCUCCAUUGCCCCCCGAGCGUCAUCCUCGUGCGAAACCAGACAUCAUCGUGUCUCCCGCCGGCUACCCCGAUCCUUUCCGGCUCCGGCCACCGCCAGGCCAGACCAUGGUCAAGGCAGCAGCAGCAGCAGCCAGUGCCCCGACUGGGCCUGGCAUCUACAGUGCGACCUACAGCGGGAUACCUGUCUAUGAGUACCAGUUCGGAGUAGAUCUCAAAGAGCAUGUAAUGCGCCGACGUGUCGACGACUGGAUCAACGCAACACAUAUCCUCAAGGCCGCCGGCUUUGACAAACCCGCAAGAACUCGCAUUUUGGAACGCGAGGUACAAAAGGAUCAGCAUGAGAAGGUUCAGGGCGGAUAUGGAAAGUACCAAGGCACAUGGAUUCCUCUGGAAGCAGGUGAGGCUUUGGCCCACCGAAACAACAUCUUCGACAGGUUACGGCCCAUCUUCGAGUUUUCUCCGGGGCCUGAUAGCCCGCCCCCGGCUCCACGACACACGAGCAAACCCAAGCAACCAAAGAAGCCAGCCGUGCCUAGAUUCAACAACAAAGCCCGCGCAGUAGCCAAGCAGGCACCACCACCACCACUGCACUACCAGCCCUCUCUACACCCUCAAGAUGCAUACGAGAACGGAGAGAUGUUGGUUGACGAGGACGACACACCAGAUAACCUGACUGUUGCUUCAGCUUCUUACAUGGCUGAAGACGACCGCCCGGACCUGUCGCACUUCUCAACCGGACACAGGAAACGCAAGCGCGAAGAGCCCACCGAGAGUAUGAUCGAGCAGCAGCAUAGAAUCUACGGUGACGAGUUAUUAGACUAUUUCCUGCUGUCUAGGAACCAGCCGACGCCAGCCAUGCGUCCUGAGCCUCCCGUCAACUUCAGGCCAAACUUCCCCAUAGACGCGGACCAGCAUACAGCCCUCCAUUGGGCCGCCUCGAUGGGCGAUGUCGACAUUAUCAAACAGCUUUUUCAGUUCAAUGCUCAGCCAGAUUCGAGGAACGUGAGGGGUGAGACGCCGCUCAUGAGGGCGGUCACGUUCACCAACUGCUACGAUAAGCAAACCUUCCCCGUCGUGCUCAAGGAGCUCUUCCACACAAUCAACAUCCGCGACCUGUCAGGUUGUACCGCCAUUCAUCAUGCGGCCAUUCUCAAGGGCGGUCGCGUCCACAGUCCAACGUGUUCACGGUAUUAUCUGGACAACAUCCUCAAUAGGUUGCAGGAGACCCAACACGACCCCAACUUUGUUCAGCAGCUCCUCGACGCCCAGGACAAUGAUGGCAACACAGCUGUUCAUCUUGCGGCGCAGCGCGGUUCGAGCAAAUGCAUUCGUGCCCUCCUGGGCCGUGGUGCCAGCACUGACAUUACAAACAACGAGGGCAUGAUUGCUGCAGAUUUGAUCAAGGAGCUCAAUGCCAGCAAGAAGCUGCGCUCUGUGCCACAAAGAUCAUCCUCUCCAUUUGCACCUGAAUCGGCUAGAAGACAGGUUUCCUUUCGCGAUGCGUUGGCUGGUGAUGUCGGCGCGAUGACCAUUGGCGCGGCCAACAGCCACAGCAACAAAAUGACAGCCAGCCUCAAGUCAGAGGCCGCCCUCACCGUGCAGAACCGAAUUACACCUUUGGUCUUUGAGAAGUUCCACGAUCUUGCCAGGUCAUACGAAGACGAGUUCACGAUCAAAGACGAAGCCGAGCGCGAGGCGACACGAAUAUUGUCGAACGCACAAGCUGAGCACACCUCUUUAACAAACAAGCUUGCGGAGCUGGGGUCGCAGCUGUUGCCGCCAGAGCAAGCUUUUGGUAUUGACGGUGAACUCGAGACAGCCACCGGAAAGGUCAAGGCAGUUGUUUGCACACUGAACCGUCUUCAUGUCGAAGGCCUAGUUGAGCGGGAGCUGGACGCAAGCAUGAACGGUGAUUCCAACGGGAACACCAACAGCAUCGAGGAGAGGCUCGCUUUGGCCAACGAGCUUCGCUAUCUUUUAGGCGAGCAGCAAAUGGCGGAGACGGAGUACAUUGAGGCACUCAGCAUGGUCGGCACGGGCGAGAAGAUCGACCAAUACCGGCGACUCCUUAGGAACUGUUUAGGCCCCUUGGCGGAGAACCUCGACGACAACCUGGAGGAGCUUGUUGCUAUCAUGGAAGAAGAGGUGUCGGAUGGCAUGGUAAAUAGUACCGCCGACGGCCCAUCAUCAGUAACAAACGGCCUGGUGGGUGGCGAGACGAUGGACCUUGCGCCACCAACAUCGGCUCUGUAGAGCACGGCCGGAACAUUAGCUUUGUGCCGCACGCCUCCGCUACAAUUGCCUCAUGCCGGCGACUGCCCAACCCGUGUUGACCAUGCGUCUUUUGGUUCACCGCUUUGGAGGUCAUCGUCUCCUCCUGCCUGGGUCGAUCUGUCACCAGGAUUCUCGCCAGUGUCCUCUCGGGGGUCGCCCAUAACUUCACCACCGUCGCAGCAUGUAGACAAAUAUGGCAUGUAUAGUUGCGCCCCAUGACCUUGAUAGCUGGGUUUUUUGCCUCGGGACUAGAAUCCUCACUAUUUGCAGUCAUGGUUCGGUCUUGUACUGUACGAUGACUUAUUUCCUUUCAUUUGUGGUUUUUUCUCCCUUUCCUGCUACUUAAUACGAUUCUACACGGGUGUCAUGAGGCGUUCAGGUGGCCGAUUUCAGGGGACAACAAGUCGCUAGUUCACUUUGUAGAAGUAUAGUAUAAAUACCUUCAGCGAACCACGGUACGCUUUUCUACCAACCAGAUCCCAUGCUCUAGCUUUUGCA